GCACAGAACUGGCACACCGUCGAGUGGGACGCAACGGAGUUCACCGCCCUAUCGGGGGACAUGCUGGUCCCGAGCCUCCCUCCUCCCGGCGGCACACCCUACGUGUGGCCCGGCCUCCAGCCCGGCACCGCGGGCGUCCUCCAGGCCGUGCUCGACGGCCGCUCCGGGUCCUGGUGGAUCGGCGACGGGUACUACGGCACGCCGAGCCUCCCGUGGGGUGCCGGGUUCAACGCCGCGCCCGGGGAGACUGUCCACUUCACGUUCGCACUGGGAUCUAACGAUACCUGGACCUGCACUCUCUCCAGCUCGAGCGGCGCCUCGGCGUCGACGACGCUCGCGAUCGCGGGGCAGACGAUGAACAGGCGAGUCCCGCACACCGCAGCCAUCCUCGCCGUCGAGCUGUACGACAUCGCGUACACGUUCGGCCCCACCAUCUACCGCAACCUCGUGCUGACGGCCACCACCGCUGCGAGCGGCUGGUGCGGCAAGACCGUUUCCUCGGGCUACACCUCGGGGCAAUACACUGUCACCGGUGCCACCGCGAGUGGCAACACGUGUCGGGUCGCCGAGGUCAUAAUGCCAAGCGCU